GCGUGGUGGCCAUCCUCGGGUCCUGCUUCCUGUCUGGCAUGGCUGGCGUCUACUUCGAGAAGCUGCUGAAGGGGUCCACGGUCACGCUGGCCGCCCGGAACCUCCAGCUGGCGAGCUACUCGGUGGUCAUCGGCCUCGUCAAUUUCUACCGCGCCGAAGGGAGUCUGGCGCAUUUCACCGAUGGGUACACUGGCAUAGUCUGGCUGUCGAUCUGCAACAACGCGUUCGGUGGCCUAAUCGUUGCCGUCGUCAUCAAGUACGCCGACAACAUCUGGAAGAAUUUCGCAAACACGCUGGCCAUCAUCUUGACGAGCUUCGUGCACGCCGUUUUCCUGGGAGGCUCGCUGGGCCCUGGCUCACUGCUCGGCGUCUUGCUGGUGGUCACCGCGGUGCUGAUGUACUCGGGCGUGUGCUCGCCCGAGGGCCUCGCCGCCUUCGGCUCACGCCUCGCGGCGGCGGCCCCGGCCACGGAGUUGCCGAGGGUGCGGGCGGACAAGAUCGGCGCCACGCGCACGGCCACGCUCUGA